UUUGCAUUGGGAUGAACUUCGAGCGCUGUUGGUGUUUUCUAUCUACAGUUUUCUCAAUGACUUUAUUUCCGAUAAUGAAAAAAGAGGGAAUGGUGGUUUUCCGAAGAAGUGCAUCAUGUUUAGAGAGAAGGCUCGUGUACAGAGCAUUCUAAGGUAGUGGGCUUCCUGUGGAAUGUGAAGGUGAAGUGACCAAGGGAAAAGGACCACAACUGCCCUUAGAGCAAUGAGCUGUACUACCAUAUACUACAUAACGAGCUAACGAGCCAUUCAGUCAUUCUGAUCUACUCUUGUUUACAAGUAGGACGGCGUGAAGCUUCCCGUUAUUGAUGCACACAAACCAAGACUUCUUGUUAUGGCUCACAGCUACUGCUCAUCAAAUCAUAAAGCAAGGCCUAUGUCCAGUGGAUGUUCCCACACAUCUUGGGCUUAAAUAACUACAACAAAUUAAACAACUCAAGGUGCCCACUUGAAAACCUCUGGCUUGACAAUGCUUAAAGUGGUCAGAUAACGUUUGAACCUUUGGAGAAGUGCGUUUGAAUUGCCGGUGAAAACUCGAAGUUAAAAGCGGACCUUGAGUGGACUCGGAAUUCAGCAGUUUUUGUGGUUAUUCUCCUUAUAAAGGGUCCCAAGUCAUUGCCUUUAUUAUUAUUGCUUUCUUUGCUGGUGUGAGGAUGACGACUGGUCUGAAUGGAGAAGCAUCAUUGACACCCAAGCUGAAAAGCAUUGCUGUCCCAGAUCCUGCAUUAUUUCAGGUCAGCAUCAAAUAUCUACUAACAAAAGCCCAGGCCAGCUUCCUUGAAUGUAAUCUUCUGAGCCUGCGUUCCCUCCUGAUCAGUAACCUAUCGGAACCUGCGUACUGCUUGUCAGCGAGAGCUAUUAUUCGGAGCCUGCGUUCUCUCCUGGUCAGCAUCAUAUCGUAAACAAUCGAAACUCACCAUUCCUCACUUGCGUUCAAAGAGUCCAUUGUACCCCGGCUAUGAGAAAUCUCAGAACCUGAAUUAUUUCGGAUCAGCAACAACUCUACGAACGAGAGCCACAGCCCCUUUUUAGACACUUCUGAUUGUGGCCACCACAGACCAGCCUAUUUUACUUCUGAUCCUGACUUAAAGGAACGUCAUAUUUGCUGGUCCAGGAUGUCUAACAGAUGUCUCCGUAUCUUAGCCGAUAGCUUUAAAGCUUUUCUGUAGACAAAAAUGGAGAGACUUCAUCCAGGACACAAAUUUUCUGCCAAAGAACGCACAACUGACGUCUGGACAGAGGAACAAGUGGAUUUUGAGUCACUCUUGUUGUCACCUUUGAUACUGAAAGGAUUGACUGAUUCUGGCUUUGAGAAACCUUCACCUAUACAGCUGAAGGCUAUUCCUUUAGGGAGAUGUGGUCUUGACUUGAUAGCUCAAGCCAAGUCUGGUACUGGUAAAACCUGCGUAUUUAGUGUUAUUGCUUUGGAAAAUGUUCUUAUUGAAAACCCUGCUACUCAGGUGUUAGUCCUAGCCCCAACAAGAGAAAUAGCAGUACAAAUAAAAGAUGUAGUAAAUGCCAUUGGAUGUCACUUGAAAGGCUUGAGUUGCCAGGUUUUUAUAGGUGGACUACCUGUGGAUGAUGAUAAAAGAGUAUUAAAGGGCUGUCAGAUUGCUGUGGGAUCACCAGGUCGCAUCAAGAACCUGAUUGAAAACAAGCAUCUCAAAACAGAUUCUAUAAGGAUGUUUAUUCUUGAUGAAGCUGAUAAGCUGCUGGAUGAAAAUUUCCAAGAGCAAAUCAACUGGAUAUUUUCCACGUUGCCAGGCAACAAGCAGAUGAUGGCUUUUUCAGCAACCUACCCAGAAUACCUUGCAAAUCACCUGACUAGAUAUAUGAGAGAACCAACAUUUGUAAGACUAAAUGCUGCAGACCCAACGUUACAAGGGAUCAAGCAGUUUUACCAUGUGGUACCUUUUCAUCAGCUGCCUCAUAAAAUUUUCCAAGAAAAGGUAGAGCAUCUGCUUAAAUUGCUGUCCAAAGUCAAUUUUCAUCAAUGUCUUCUCUUCUCCAACUACCAGAUAAGGGCACAAAGUUUAUCAUCAACAUUGUGUGCUAAAGGCUGGCCUGCAACGUUCAUUGCUGGAAGCCAGACACAGGAAAAGAGACUUCAAGCUAUGGAUAAAUUGAAGGCUUUUAAAUGUCGCAUUCUAAUAUCUACUGACUUGACUGCUAGAGGUAUUGAUGCAGAAAAUGUCAAUCUGGUUAUCAACAUGGAUGUACCUCGAGAUGGAGAAACUUACCUUCAUCGUAUUGGGAGAGCAGGGAGAUUUGGUACUAAAGGAGUAGCUGUUACAUUUGUAGCAAAAGGAAAAGAGGAAGAAAAGUUCAGGGAAAUAGAAAAGAGUAUUGGUAUUAGACUGGAAGCAUUACCAGAUCAUAUACCAGAUACUCUGAUGAUAAGUGAUUCCUUAACUGGUGCCAGCCAAGUGCAAGUAAAGCAGGACAGAGUGGAAGUCAAUGUACUGCACAAUAGCACAAGUGCUACSAGGGAUAAAGAAAAGUCAGCAAAAAGCCUAAUCUCAAAUAGAAAGGGAAAUUUUUCUAAUGGACUAGGAGAACCAAAAGAUCAUCACAAACAAACGAAAGUGGAAGUGGAUGCACCCUGUGAUCAUAGGGAUAAUUCUGUUCAUACAAAUGGGAAUUUGUCUUCACAAAUAGCAUCUCAUAACAGCAAUGGAACUGUGCCCUUGGGCUACAAAAAUGAAAUAGCAGACACAGUUGUUGAAGGCUCAAAUAAACAAGCUAUAACAUCUGGUUUGAAAGAGCAUGGUCUCUCAGUAAAGCAAGACAAAUCAGCUGGGUUGCCUUCACUAGAGGAGUUUGAGAAGGACUUUGAGGAAUACUUGGCUCUGGCUAGUACAUUUGAUAGCAUUGGUCUGCGAGAUAAGGAUGAAAGUAAUAAUGCAACUGCUGUUACUAUGGACAACUUAAAUGGAGAGGAUAACAAUAAAGUAAAGGAAACGUAUGCUUUUAGUAAUAACCACAAUUAUAAUGGGUAUGAUGAGAUUGAUGAUGGCAAGAUUACGAUGGCAAGAAAACAUGAUGAAACAAUUGCUUGCACAAGUACGUGUAAAGGUACUGCCGGAGUUGAUGCUGAUGAGGAUGAAAACAGUGAGAGUAGUAUUGAUGAUGAUGAUGAUGAUGAUACUAGCAGUACUAAUGAAGAUGAUAGUGUUAGUGAUGAUAGUGAUGGUAGUAAUGAUGGUGAUGAUGAUGAAAGUGAGGAUAGUGCUAAUGAUGAAAAAGAUCAAAAUUCAAAAGUCAAAUACACAAAAGACGAAUACACUAAAGACCAGCCACAUUUCUCAAAUGUCAUGUUUAAAACUAGCAGAAAGGACAGAAACUACAAUGAUACUGAACCUUUUGACAAGGAAGGACACUCUGGAAGUGACCAACAACCAAGUGGUGGUGAUGAUGAUGACCUUAAUGAAAAUGAUGUCUCUGAUGAUUAUGAUGUUGAUAAAAGUGAUGAAAAUGGUGAUGAUGAAAAUGUUGUUGCUGCUGCUUCUGCUGCUGCUGCUGAUGAUGAUAAUUAUGAAAGUGAUGAAGAUGGUAAUGUUGAUGAAAGUGACGAAGAUGGUGAAGAUACCAAUACCAGUGCUGAUAGCAAUGAUGAUGACAAUGAAGAAGAUUAUGAUAACAAUUACAAUAACUAUAAUGACAUUAGUGAUCUGCGAUGCAAAAGUUCAACCAACCAUGACAGCAAUGAAACUUUUUAUGAGAAGAAAGGAUGUGAUAGAUAUUGUGCCUCUCAGGAAAUUGAAUCACCUGCUACACAGCACAGUGAACAAUCAUCUACACCUGAAUAUCAAUGGGACAGCAAAUAUGUAGAUAAUCAUAAUGCUGCAUGUUGCCCACAGAACAGUAUGGACUAUUACCCUGGAAUGUCACCAUGGCAACAGGUUACAUAUAUGCCUGAUGAUACUAGGUUGACGACAAACCAAGCAACAUACGUAGGGCCUGGAAUGAGUGGGUUAUUCAGUCACGGCAAAACACAGGAACACUUGGCAGGUACUAAGCAUUUAAUGAACUGUGCAGGUAACAUGGAACAUCAACCAGCUGUAGCUGGUGAGGGUUACACAGUGGCGCAUUCACCGAUGCAUGCAGAUUCUUUGAUCCAGAAUAGGGACAUGUCAUGGAGCAAUGCAUGGCAUAAUGCUUACUACCAUAUCAACCAUGAAAUUCAACAGUUUACAGCUAUGAAUGCAAGUACAUAUUAAACCUUCACAAAGUUAAUUGCAAAGUUAGGAUCCACAAAGUAAUUGAUUCAAAACUUUAAACCAAUGAACCAAAUAUACAGUAUUAGUCUUUUCAAUAAUUGAUAACUUUUUAUUAAAUAAUUUAUAUUUUGACAAUAGACUGAUUUCAGGUAACCUGUGAAUGGUCAACUCUUAAAACUCUAAGAGAAAAUAAAGUAGAGACAUAAAAUUUCUGUUUUCUAUGUACUAUGUAAAAUAAUAUUACAGUAUAUAAGACUAAUAUUCAUUGAUGUUUCACAGGUUAAAUGGAAUCAUACUAAUAAGUUUUCAGUACACCUAUGCUACUUAUGGGCAAAAUGCUUUCUGGUUUAAGGCCAUGUUAUUCCCUUGAUUUAUCCAUGUAAAUCUAUUUUUUUCAAGUGUCAGGUGUAGCUAAACAAAAUAAAGGUCAAGGAAGUCAACAAUUAUCUGAAAUGAGAAAACACCAAGAACUCGUUGCACGAAGGCUGUAUAAUGUUGUCCACCAGAUAAAUCCCUAUCAGGUAAAUACUUGUAAAACCCAUACAAAUUCUAUACACUGGAUACUGGAUACCUUUAUCUGGUGGAUCUUCAUUUAGUCUUCUUGCAACCAGGUUCAGUAGGUCUAUGAAAGCUGAAUGGCAAGCUGAUCAUCUAGCUGCUUAUGGCUAGCUUACUACUAGCUUGUAAUGUAACCUAGCACAAACAAGUAAAUUAUUGAACUUAUGCUUUAUUAGCAGUCUUGCAAAUCCCAAGCACCAUUUAAUUUUUUUCAUGAACAUUUAACGCAAAGCCAAAAUAUAUUUAAAAAAUAUGAAAUGUUAUUUAUGGAAAUGUUACCUUUUUUCAGACCAUUAUAUUCGCCAGAAUAUUAUAAGCUUGAAAUUAGCAUACAAGACUGUUCAGCCAUUGCCAAAAGUAAUGCAUCCUUGAGAACCCUUACUGUUGUCAUGGUAAUGAAAAGGCGAACCUUUUUAUCUAUGUACAUGUAUUAUUUUUUGUUUUGUUCAACCAAGAAGCUCUUUGAAAGUCAUAUUUGUAAGAUAAGCUUUAUGUGAGUAUAUAAAUUACAUCUUUUUGCAAUAUUAA